GCCGUACACGUGCAAAAUGAAUUUAACCUCCUUUAAUCGUUAAUCCGGAUAGAAAUACUAUAAGAACUAAUAUUUGUGAGAAGGAAUAAGAAAAUUGUAGUGCAUAAGUUGUUGUUAAAAUAGUAUAAAAUGGGUAAAUUGAGGCCUCGCUUGGAUAGUAAGAAAAAUGCAAAACGUUGGCCGAAGGGUCAGAGCUCUAGCUCUAACCCAGAAACGAAAAAACAUCGAGAGCAAGCAGCAUGGAUGUUUUUAAAGGAGUCAACAGGAAAGCCUGGUAUAACAGAAGAGGCUUUACAGAAACAUGACGCUAUUCAGGGUCUUCAACCUCAGUUGGAAAAACUUGGUCUUGAUGAAACUCAAUCAGAAACUGGCACAGAAAAUACUGCUAAUACUUUUGACACAUUUGCUUCUAAUUACAGUAACUGUUCAAAUAUAUCCUUUAACAGGUUUUUAAGUCACUUUCAGUCAAAUUCCUUAUUACAUAAGGAAAUGCUAGCUGUGUUGUCUGCAGUUACCGAAAUUAUAAAACAGAAUGGUGGGAAUGAAUCUUCAACAGAAUACUUUGCAGCAUUGAUGAGCACCUUAGAGGCAGUUGAAGAUGAUACAUCAGUUGCAGCAACACUUUCAUUGUUGGGAAUGGGUUUAAAAACUGUGCCAAGAAAUGUUUUAAAUUUACAAUUUGGAGCAGCAAGUAAAAUUUUUCUUAAUAUUCUUACUGAACAUGCAACAUCUGAAGAUUUCUUAAUACUACGACAUUGUAUACACUGUGUGUCUUUGUUGCUUCGAGCACAAGAAUCAUUAGCAUGGUCCAGUACAUCUACACUGCAAGUGCUAGCUGCUCUUUUAACAUUCAUUACACAUAGUAAACCAAAAGUACGAAAAGCAGCACAACAUGGAGUAUGUGCUAUAUUGAAAGGGAGUGAUAUUAUGAAAAAUAGUAAUGCACCACCAUAUCAUCCAGCUGCUCCACUAAUUGCAAAAUGUUGUAUUGGUCAAUUAGAACUUAGUUCUGAUUCUGGUGGAAUUACAAAUGUCCUUCACGUGCUUACAUUACUGAAAGAUAUUCUUCAUCAAUUACCAAGAGCUCAAGUAAAGGCCAUUUGUGAAUCAUUGCUGAAUCUUAUGACACUGAAAAAUGUUUUGGUAACAUCAUGUUGUUUACAAACUUUCCAUGGCUUAUUCGUCUCUCGACCAUCAGAGACUACUUUACCGGUAAAAAGAAAUGGACAGAUUAUUACUGCUCUUUAUGAUUUUCAACCUCCAGCAACUGAUACACAACCAACACUUGCCUGGUUGAUAGUUAUGCAAGAGGCACAUUUAAAUCUAGCUCACAACUCACUGAAUUUGUGUGCAGCUAUUUUACCAAAAUUAUUAGAAAAAUGUAUGGAAUUAUGGCUCUCAGAUCGAUCAGAAGUUAUAUCUGGUGCAUCACACACAAUGAAAAUAUUAUUCCAAGACUGUGUUAGCAAAAUGUGUGAGAAUGAAGAACAAAUGGCAAAGUAUAAUACAACGCUUAAUCAAAUAACUUUCAUGAUGCAAACAGCAUUAAAUUAUAAAUAUUUGGAAGCAUGGUAUUAUAUUCUUCAUUUAAUAGCUUUACUUUUCCAGAUAGCUGGAAAAUCAAGAUGUUCAAACUUUGUAGAUUUAUUGAAAUCAUUAGCAGAUUUACGUGAUUCUUUUGAUUUCACUUCAAAAGCCGACGCUGAAUAUGCUAUUGGCGCUGCAAUAAAAACUAUGGGUCCAGAAACAGUGUUAACUAUAAUUCCAUUGAAUGAAAAGGAUAAUACAAUUAAUUUGAGACGGAGUUGGUUAUUGCCAUUAUUAAAGGACUGUAUAACAACAGCAUCACUCAAAUUCUUUACAGAAACAUUAUUACCUUUAAGCGCAGUGUGCGAGAAAAGAGCGAAUGAUCCUAUAGGUGGAAAAACUCAUGAACUUCUUGUUUCGCAAAUAUGGGCUAUUUUACCAAGUAUAUGCCAGAAUGCUGUUGACGUAAAAGAUCAUUUUGCGAACAUUGCCAAGCUGUUGGGUAAGACGUUCAACGAGCAAAAAGAUUUAAGAUUAUCAAUAAUGUCUGCUCUACGAAAACUAAUAACAAAAGCAGUUGAAGAUGAUAAGAAAGAAGAUAUAGCUGAAUUGGCUAGAUUCGCAAAGAACUAUUUACCACUAUUUUUGAAUUUGUAUACCACUAAACCGAAUGGUUCUGACGAAGAGGGACAGCGCCGUGCUGCGUUUGAUACAAUAAAGGUGUAUCUUACCAUUACAAACAAUGAAUUAAUAAAUGAAUUAUUUGAUCGCGCAUUAUCUAGGUUACAAGAACCUAAUGCAAAUGACUUUUUCAAAGAAAGUGUACAUGAUGUAAUAAGAUUAUUAGUUGAAUAUACCGACACUCGCAGAUUGAAGACGUUAUACGAUAUAUGUACACAAACUAUCAAAAAAAGUAGUAAUACUAAAGAACAGAAAAAAGCAUACAGAUUCUUUGAAGAAAUGUGUGGUAGUGAAAGGGAAUUGUGUAAAGCGUUUGUAUCACAACAUAGACGAGAAAUACAGACUCUGUUAAUAUCUUCUGUAACUGAAGUUGGAAAACCAAGUAGGGGAGCUCGAUUAAGAUGUUUAAUGCAUUUGGUUAAAAUUCAUCCACAACUCGAGGAAACUAAAUUCUUGGAAGCUAUCGUGCCUGAAGCAGUGGUGUAUUUAAAAGAUAUAAAUUCAAAAUGUCGCACAUCUGCUUAUCAACUUCUAAAUAGUAUAGCUGAAAAGUUCUUGAGCAAUGAGAAGCACCUUAAGAAUUACAUUAGUAUGUUAAUGGUUGGUUUAGGUGGUGUAUUUAAAUACUGUGCUGCAUCUUUAUUGGCACUUGCAUCUGUUACUUAUCAUUUUAAUGGUUCUCUAGGCGUGGAUACGGUUAAAGAAAUUUUCGAACACGCAUGCAGACUUGUUACAAGUCCUACGAGAGAAGUUACUGAAGCAGCAUUAUCCUACAUUAAAGUUUACAUUACUGUGAUGCCAUCUCCUAUCGUUGCAUCGACCUUAAUGAGAUUAACAGAGGCUUUAUGUGGAAUGAGCGACGAUUGCCAUAGACAUUUUAGACAAACAGUUCGUAUUAUUCUGGUUAAAUUGUUAAGAAAAUAUGGAAUGGAAACUCUCUCCAGCAUGAUAUCUCUUUCUAAUACAAUGUUACACAAGAGACUGAAAAAUAUAAAUAAACUAGAAGAAGCGAAAAAGAAGAACAAGCAAAUUAAAAAAAUGCAACAGGAAAAAGAUGAUGAUGAUGAGGAAUUCAAUGCUAAGAGAAGACCCAAGAGUAUCGAAGAAAUAUUGGCGGAUAGUGAGGAUGAAUUUGAAGGCACAGAAAAUGAAGAACCAAAGAAAAAUAAAAGAACAUCAAGGAAGGAAGCUUGGAUUCAAGAAAAUGAGGAAAUUGUUGAUCUUGUUGAUCCAGCAGCUGCUCGAAAUAUAUCAACAACACAACCUAGAGUCUUCAAUUCCAAUAAAUCUGUUGUUACAUCAAAGGAUCGUGGUUUCAAGACUGCGCCAGAUGGCCGUCUUAUCAUUACAGAAGAUAACGAAAAAGAUGAUGAAGCUGAAGUUAAGAGAAAAAAGAAAACACCAUUCUUGCAUAGUGAUACAGAAGAUGAUUAUGAGGACGACGAUGAUAUUAAGUCUACAAUUGCAUUACAUGCAUCAAACAGGAAACGUAAACUCAGUGAAAAUUCUGAUAAUAUUAGUGUAUAUAGUUCAGCCACAUCAAAAUAUAAAGCUGGAGGAUCAGGAAUUCAUCGAACUUUGAAGAAAGGAAAGACUGAAAAAGUACCCGGAUUAGAAUACAAAGCACCUAAAGCUGGAGGAGAUGUUAAGAAGAAGGGUAAACCAGAUCCAUACGCAUAUGUUCCUUUAUCAAGAUCAGUUCUGAAUAAGAGAAAGAAGAAAAAGAACGCAACUAAGUUUAAUAAUAUCAUUAAGGGCGCAAAAAAAGGCGCACAAGCGAAAGUAAAAGAUAGGAAACAAAAAUAGAAUCUGUUUGUUAAAUAUUAAUUUCUUGCUUAGGAAUUAAAUAAUAAUUAUGCAAUUUAUAAUUGUCGCCUUUCUUUAUGAGAAAUAAGUACAUGUACAUAUAUGAAAUAAAUUAUCAAAUUAAGAAUGAA